AUGUUCUACUCAUCUGCUGUUUUCCACCUUCCACACAAACAGAGCGUUUUGGAACGAAAGACGACGCGCCAAAAAGUCAUGGAAAAUCGGCUUCGGUUAGGUCAAUUUGUUACUCAACGCCAAGGUGCUCAUUUUGAAGAAAAAUGGAUUGAGGGCUCUCGAUUUAAAGAGUUGGACCAUAAUCGUAGUCUGUUUCCAACGUUUUCCCCGAGAAAUGAACUAUUUAACUCACUUCUUUUACUAUUUACUUGCAGAGUAUCCGUGGACGAGUUCUACGAACAGUUGGAGAUCUAUGAUCUUCGAAAGCAAAUGCUCGCAAAAGAAGAUAAGGAGAUUCAAAUGGAACUCGAGCGAUUAGAUCGCGAAAGAAAUCUGCACAUUAGGGAGAUUAAGCGUAUUGCAAACGAGGACGCGUCAAGAUUCAAGGAUCAUCCAUUACUGAAUGAUCGGUAUUUAUUGUUGAAUCUUCUAGGCAAAGGCGGUUUCUCCGAGGUGCACAAGGGUUUCGACUUGGUUGCAAAUCGGUACGUUGCUUGUAAAGUGCAUCAGUUGAAUCCUGCUUGGCCAAAAGACAAAAAAGACAAUUACAUCAAACACGCACUUCGCGAAAUCAAUAUCCACAAAACGCUCAAUCACCCCAGGAUUGUCAAAGUCUUCGACGUAUUCGAUAUCGAUCAUGAUGCGUUUUGCACUGUUCUGGAAUACAGCGAGGGCAAUGAUUUGGACUUCUUUCUUAAACAGAACAAAAGUAUCCCAGAACGCGAAGCCAAGUCAAUCAUUUGCCAGGUCGUAUCCGCUCUUAAGUAUCUCAACGAGCGUAAACCACCUGUCAUACACUAUGACCUAAAACCGGGUAACAUACUUCUGGGCUCCGGUCAAGUAGCUGGGGAGAUCAAAAUCACGGACUUCGGCCUAAGCAAACUGAUGACUGAAGAUGAAUACAACCCGGAGACCGGAAUGGAUCUCACUUCUCAGGGUGCAGGAACUUACUGGUACUUACCGCCAGAAUGCUUUGAGACCGGCCGGGAGCCUCCCAAAAUAUCUUCCAAGGUGGAUAUAUGGUCGGUCGGUGUCAUUUUCUACCAAUGCCUGUUUGGUCGUAAAGUGAGUACAAUUUACGUUCGACGAAGGAAUGUAGAUGAAUCGUCCUAUAAAUGCUUACCGCGAGUCAGUUCUUUCAUCAUUCGAAUGAUUGUGAUAAACAAGAGAACUUUUCAGCUCUGGAGUUACGAGGAGCCACCAGAGCGCGCCAGAUUUGUCUUCGGGAUAUGUUCUUCGCACGUCAGGCGACGACGAAGCCCACUCAGUGGGUCAGUGCGGGGUUGGUAUUGUACUCAGUCAAAGGGCUGA